UUAGGAUAUACUUCAUUGGCUCAAAACGUAGAACAGGACUUGAAUAUAAAACAGAACAUAAAACAGAUGUUGCGUAUGCAGGCUGCAACAAACAUAUUGUUAAAGGAUCUAAAACAACGCAUAAUUAAAGUAGAUGUUAUAAAAAAUGGCGCUUUACAUCUCUCGGAAAGUAACAAUCUCAUUGCACAAUUUUUACCUUUGAAUACAAUAAAAGAUGUGAAGGAAUUCGAAUCAGUAUUGAAGACCACAGAUGAGGCAGUGACGCAGUUUAGAGAAUUGGUAUCUAAAACUGGUGGGAACAAUCCAAAACAUACUAUUCAACGAACGAUGAAAAAGAUAUUCACAAAUGAAUGCGCUAUGAAGUGCUCUUGGAAAGGGAUUAAAAAUAACUUCCGAGUCUCCGAUUUACAUUUAAUUAAAAUUAUGAGAAAUGUAACUUUGCAACAUAUGAAUUUAACAGAAUCAGAAUUCGAUAAUAUUGUAGCGGAAUGGUUACGUUUUGCAAGACAAAGAAAACAACGUGAAGAUAAAGAAAAGGAAAAUGAACGUCACAAUGAAAAUGAAGAUCAGCGAAUAAACGAAUAAUAUUAAAGGUUAAUAUUAUAUCAACUAAAGACUGAUCCAUAGAUCGAACAUUUUUCAAAUAUUUUUGUUUAAGAAUGAAAAGAAUCUUUAUUUUUUAUUAUUUAGUAUUUUAUGUAUGCGAUACGUAAUGAUAUAAAUAUAUAUGUAAUACGUAAAGUUUUAUAUGAUAUAAUAUCAAAUUUUUUAUUUACGAUAAGAUUUUUAUAAAAAAACUUAUAUAAUAUUACUAUAUGUGAUAUGUAAAGCUUUAUAUAAAGAUAUUUAGAAUACUUUUUGGUUGAUAAUGAAACAAAGCUUUAUUUCUUAUUAUUAUUAUAUUGUAUUUAUUAUAUGUAAAAUGUAUGUAUAGAUGUAUAGAUAAAAUAUAUGUGAUACAUUUGUAGUAUGUGCAAUA